AUGUCUUACGAUCUUAAAACCGCUGAAAGCCCAGCUUAUGCUCCAUUCUUCGGAUAUAUGGGAGCUGCUUCUGCUCAAAUCUUCACUGUUUUGGGAGCUGCUUAUGGAACAGCCAAGUCUGCUGUUGGUAUUUGCUCCAUGGGAGUUAUGCGUCCAGAACUUAUCAUGAAAUCUGUCAUUCCAGUUAUUAUGGCUGGUAUUAUUGGUAUUUAUGGACUUGUCGUAGCUAUGGUAUUGAAAGGAAAAGUAAAGGCUUCCUCUGCAGGGUAUGACUUAAACAGUGGAUUCGCUCAUCUUGCUGCUGGACUUACAUGUGGUCUUUGCGGACUUGGUGCUGGCUAUGCUAUUGGUAUUGUUGGAGAUGCUGGUGUCAGAGGAACUGCACAACAACCAAGACUCUUUGUUGGUAUGAUUCUCAUUCUUAUUUUCUCUGAAGUUUUGGGACUUUACGGUAUGAUUGUUGCUUUGAUUCUUGGAACCUCAUAA